AUGGCUCUUUCGGCUACAUCUACUGCCCCCUUAAUUCUUUACCCUUCCUCUUCUUCUUCUUCACCUCCUCCAAUUUCAAUCUCCUACUCAACUCCACUUUCUUCACAUAGAAAUAUAGCCAAAAACACUCAUUUUAACACUUCAGUAACUUCCAGGAAAAGGAAUCACAGCUUCAUUUGCAGGGCUGCAGAAUACAAAUUCCCUGACCCAAUUCCUGAAUUUGCUGAUGCUGAGACUGAAAAAUUUAGGACCCAUUUGAUUAAGAAGCUCUCCAAGAAAGAUAUGUUUGGAGAAUCUGUUGAAGAAGUAGUAGGAAUCUGUACUGAGAUCUUCAAUGAUUUCUUGCAUACGGAGUAUGGUGGUCCGGGAACUCUCUUAGUCAUUCCAUUCAUCGAUAUGGCCGAUACCCUAAAUGAAAGAGGUUUGCCUGGGGGUCCUCAAGCUGCACGAGCAGCUGUUAAAUGGGCUCAAGAUCACGUCGACAAGGACUGGAAAGAGUGGACUAGAAUCUAG